AUGCAGGAGAUGUCAACUAUACUGCAUAUCCCUGACACGAUGUCUGCGUGGCCGUGGCCUCGUCAGAUCAAUCAACAUUACGAGGAAGUCAAAGCGGCUUCCGACUUGUGGAUUCAGAGCUUCAACGUGUGCAAGCCCUCGUCUCAGCGUGCUUUCGAAAGAUGUGACCUUGGCCUUCUCGCGGCGCUUAUGUACCCAUCGCUCAAUAAAGCCCAUCUCCGAGUUGGAUGUGAUUUGAUGAACAUAGUCUUCGUGAUUGAUGACUACACUGAUGUCCAAGACGCGACAGUAUGCGACAAGGUUGCUGACGUGGUGAAGCACGCACUGCACAAUGUGUGCGAACCGAGACCAGACGGAGAGAUGAUCAUCGGUGAGAUAGCAAGACAGUUUUGGCAACCUGCGGCCAAACUAUCUAGACCUGGGGCCCAACGUCGCUUCCUGAAAUACAUGUCGGAGUAUCUCGACAGUAUGGCCGUUCAGGCUGCAGAUCGGAUUUACCAUACCAUUGAUACAAUCGACGUCUAUAUGAAGCUUCGACGCAAGACUGCCGGGGUGCCCCCGUCAUUCUUCCCGAUAGAGCUGGAGCUCAAGGUCGAUAUUACGAAUGACGUCUUCUAUCAUCCGGUCGUAGCGAAGCUUUCGUCUUGUGCCGCUGAUCUGAUAAUCCUUGACAAUGAUAUUGCCUCUUACAAUAAGGAGCAGUCGGCUGGCGACCGCCACAAUAUCAUCGCUGUUGCGAUGCGGCAGUUCAGCGUGGACUACGACGGCGCGAUAUCCUGGGUCGAAAAAUACCACAAGCAGAUUGAAGCCUCGUUCUUGGACGCAUUGACGAGGCUUCCGUCUUGGGGGCCAGAAAUUGACGAUGAACUCGGGAAAUAUAUCAUCGGGAUGGCUACUUGGGCGAGAGGGAACGUUUGCUGGAGUUUUGAAGGGGGACGGUACUUUGGAGACAAGGGGCUUGAGGUUCAGAGAACGCAUUACGUUCCGUUGCUUCGUAAGAUCGAGCGGGGUGCCAGCGCAGGCAACGAGGCUCACGAUGAUGACAUCGUCACUCCGCUCAUAGAGAUGUAG